AUGGGGGCGUCAGUGUCAAGAGGCAGCAGCAGCCUCUGGUGCCAAUCCCGGGGCAGGGCGCAGGCGGCGAGGGGAUUGGAGUCGCCGAAGCGUCAAGCGUGACCGCCCGAGGCCCCUCCUGCCUGCUGGGAAAGCCAUAAAAAACCUCGGCGAGGCGCCGAGCCACAGACCGGAGAGUCGAGCCGCCGCAAGAGAGCGACGCCGACGUGAGCGCGGGAAAAGCCCCAGCUACAGAGCCUGUCAUGCAGGGGACCAUGCGGUUGUGGCUGUCCGUGGUGACUUUCGCCCUGUCCUUGCUGAUCUGCCUGGGGACGCUGACGGAGGCGUAUCCAUCCAAACCGGACAACCCCGGCGAGGACGCGCCUGCGGAGGACAUGGCCAGAUACUACUCGGCACUGAGGCACUACAUCAACCUCAUCACGCGGCAGAGAUAUGGAAAGAGAUCAAGCCCAGAGACACUGAUCUCGGAUCUUUUGUUGAGAGAAAGCACAGAGAAUAUUCCUAGAUCUAGGUUUGAAGACCCUUCUAUGUGGUGAUGGAAAUUUCAGCACAUCGUCAAACUUUUCCUAGUUUUCAAUCCAUACUUAUUGCUAUAAGACCAAUCACAGUUUAUCACUCCCCAGUGCAUGCAACCAUCGUACUGAAUUCUGUAGCAUUUUUCCUUCAUCAUACUUGUAUAUACAUUUAUUUAAAUAAUUUAUUUGUGCAUUCCACAAUGUAACAUACUAAAUGAAAGACAACAACACUA